UUCUCAUCCAUGUAAUAAAUUUCCAACGAAUGUGCCUGAACUCUUGGGAGUUCAAACCACCUUAAAGGGCCAAGCAACGCUCAGAAGCAGUGCUCAUAGCAAAAGGGUACGGAGUCCAUAAAGAUGGAAAAUGGACAAAGCACAGCAGCUAAACUGGGGCUUCCUCCCCUCACACCUGAACAGCAGGAAGCUCUCCAGAAAGUUUCCGAAGCACACGUCUCAAAUCCACGAUUUAGAGUCUGCCGUUCCCUGGCACCUCCCAAACACGUACAGCCAUGGAAAGCAGGCAAAGAAGUAUGCAAUGGAGCAGAGUAUCAAGAGUGUGCUGGUGAAGCAAACCAUCGCCCACCAGCAACAGCAGCUCACCAACUUGCAGAUGGCAGCAGUGACAAUGGGCUUUGGAGAUCCUCUCUCACCUUUACAAUCGAUGGCAGCUCAGAGGCAGCGCGCCCUGGCCAUCAUGUGUCGUGUGUAUGUGGGCUCCAUAUACUAUGAACUGGGAGAAGAUACCAUUCGUCAGGCCUUUGCCCCAUUUGGACCUAUAAAAAGCAUUGAUAUGUCCUGGGACUCUGUUACAAUGAAACACAAGGGUUUUGCCUUUGUGGAAUAUGAGGUGCCUGAAGCUGCUCAGCUGGCCUUGGAACAGAUGAACUCUGUCAUGUUGGGGGGAAGAAAUAUAAAGGUUGGAAGACCGAGUAAUAUAGGCCAGGCACAACCAAUUAUAGACCAGCUAGCAGAAGAGGCAAGGGCUUUUAACCGCAUCUAUGUGGCAUCUGUUCAUCAGGAUCUUUCAGAUGAUGACAUCAAGAGUGUGUUUGAGGCCUUUGGAAAGAUUAAAUCCUGCACCCUAGCAAGGGAUCCUACCACAGGAAAACACAAAGGCUAUGGUUUCAUUGAGUAUGAGAAAGCACAGUCUUCUCAAGAUGCUGUUUCUUCUAUGAACCUCUUUGACCUUGGGGGUCAAUAUCUCCGAGUUGGUAAAGCUGUCACUCCUCCAAUGCCUCUCCUGACACCUGCUACCCCAGGAGGAUUACCUCCAGCUGCAGCUGUUGCUGCAGCAGCUGCUACAGCAAAAAUCACAGCACAGGAGGCAGUGGCAGGAGCUGCAGUUCUUGGCACUUUGGCAACUCCUGGGCUGGUAUCUCCAGCACUGACUCUGGCCCAGCCGUUAGGGGCGUUGCCACAGGCUGUAAUGGCAGCACAGGCACCAGGAGUCAUUACAGGUGUAACCCCUGCUCGACCUCCCAUUCCAGUCACUAUCCCACAAGUGGGAGUUGUGAAUCCUAUCCUAGCUAGUCCCCCAACGUUGGGCCUGAUGGAAGUCAAAAAGGAGAAGGAGGAGGAGGAAGUGUUCCAGGAGUCAGAGAGACCAGAGAUGUUGAGUGAACAGGAACACAUGAGCAUAUCUGGCAGCAGUGCCCGUCAUAUGGUGAUGCAGAAGUUGCUUCGUAAACAGGAGUCAACUGUGAUGGUGCUGCGCAACAUGGUGGAUCCAAAGGACAUUGAUGAUGACCUAGAGGGAGAAGUGACAGAAGAGUGUGGCAAGUUUGGGGCUGUGAACAGGGUCAUCAUCUACCAGGAGAAGCAGGGAGAAGAAGAGGAUGCUGAGAUCAUUGUCAAGAUCUUUGUGGAGUUCUCCAUGGCCUCUGAGACUCACAAAGCCAUUCAGGCUCUGAAUGGGCGCUGGUUUGCAGGAAGAAAGGUGGUGGCAGAGGUAUAUGACCAGGAGAGAUUUGAUAACAGUGACCUGUCAGCAUGAACUUUACUUGAAAGAGACUUCUCCCUAGCCCCAUCUGCCUGUCUGUUUUUUUUUUUAGCCAUGCGUAAGGAACGCUCCAGGGUGGGCGCAGAUCUCUGUGAUGUACUUGUAGUUUGGAUAAAAGCGCAAAGAAAGCUA